AAUGGAUAUCCAAAGUUGCACAUUGGUUCAAAACUGACAGUUAACAUACUGUACUGUACAUUUAUAACUGCAAAUAAAUACAUAUUUCUGAUCAGAAUUGUUUGAAUAAAAGCAGUGAUAUGUGUUUACUUGAAGAAAUCUGGGAUUACCUACAGUCACUUUCACGAUGACAACCUUAUGGCAACAGUCUUGAAUCUCUUUGCUGCUGGGACUGACACAACAUCAGAUACACUGAGAUGGGCACUUCUGCUUGUGGCCAAGUAUCCAGAAAUACAAGACCAGGUCCAAGAGGAGCUGAGCAGAGUGAUAGGACAUCGUCAAGUACAAAUUCAGGACAGAAAGAACCUGCACUUUGUCAAUGCUGUCCUCCAUGAGACACAGAGAUUGGCUAACAUUGCCCCAAUGUCGCUUCCUCACAAAACUAGCCAAGAUGUGACCCUUCAAGGUCAUUUCAUUAAGAAGGGGACCACGGUGAUUCCUUUGUUGACGUCUGUCCUGUACGAUGAGAGUGAAUGGGAGAACCCACACAGCUUUUAUCCUGCUCACUUCCUUGACAAAGAUGGACAGUUUGUGAAGCGAGAUGCCUUCAUGCCUUUCUCUGCAGGUCUCAGAGCUUGUCCCGGAGAAAGUUUGGCCAAGAUGGAGCUCUUCUUCUUUUUCACCAGCCUCCUGCAGUACUUUCGGUUCACCCCUGCUCCAGGAGUUUCAGCGGAUGAACUCGAUCUGACUCCAUGCAUGCACCUAACCCUCGACCCAGUACCGCAUAAGCUGUGUGCUGCACCCCGAAUACGAGGAGUUUACCAGGAGUGACAAAGUUCAACACCACUGAAGUAAUCGGGAUGAUGAAUAUUGAUUGGAUGUCAGAAGAGCUUAUGUGCAAGCAAUCAAAAAUGAUUAUAUAGCUAUUACUGGUUAUUUAUGCAGAGCACAAUCACUCUAAAUAUAUUACAUAAUGUCUUUCUUGUAACUUGACAUGUAAAAUACGAAUGCAAUUAUUUGUUGUGCACAAUAAAAAAAGAUGAAGAUUUCCGGCCUUUUUUCUAGUAACUCUUUCAUCUUGGAGUUUUACAUUUUCCAAGUUGAGUAACACAGCAAUAAAGUUAUAAACUUUAAAAGGAACUCUCAAUACGGCAAAUCUUCCUGCUGCAACCCUAUCCACCAAAGAUAAUGUGAUUUUUAAAGGGAUAUUACAAUCAGAACCAGUCUGACCAAAGUAGAGCGUUCCCCAAUGUCUUCAUAUGUCACUGUACAUUUAUCGUCCUCUCCAACAUUAUGUAUCUGUGAAACUAAAUAAAAUAAAUUUGUCCACCUAUCUUCAAAACAAA